CAGGUGACGUGUACGUGGGAGCGGUGGGGCCGUGUGUUACGUAGCUCACAAUCUUGGACUGACAUUUUCAUAUGUUUUUGAAAAAAUGAAAUUUGGCGUAAAAGUAACAUGAUUUUGAAGAAAAUUCACUUCUAUAUGAUAGUUCAUUUGAAAAUCAAUCAUGAUUUGGGCCAAUAUCUUGGUUCCAAUGUGUCUAGUAUUUCUUAGUCUCAAUCAAAUAUUGGGACUUUCCAAUAAGGAUGCAGAACAUUACAGGUUAUUAGCCAAGAAGAUGUUCUACCAUGCUUAUGAUGGAUAUAUGAAGUAUGCAUUUCCCUAUGAUGAACUGCGACCCAUUUCCUGCGAUGGUCAUGACACCUGGGGAAGCUACUCUCUCACUCUAAUUGAUGCCUUGGACACUUUAGCCAUCAUAGGCAACAAAACUGAGUUCCAAAAAGUGGCAAAAUUGGUACUUGAACGAGUGAAUUUUGAAUCCGACAUCAAUGUUUCAGUCUUUGAAACAAACAUCCGCAUUGUUGGUGGUCUUGUGAGUGCCCACCUCAUGUACAAGAGGAUGGGGAUGGAGUUGGAGCCUGGCUACCCAUGUUCUGGCCCGCUGCUGCGCCUUGCAGAGAAGGUUGCAAAGAAACUCUUACCUGCCUUCCACACAAAAACAGGUAUGCCGUACGGGACCGUGAACUUGCUCCAUGGAGUUCCUUAUGGCGAGACGCCCAUCACCUGCACCGCCGGCACCGGGACGUUCUUGGUGGAGUUUGGUGCCUUGUCUCGACUUACCGGCGAUCCUAUUUAUGAACAAGUGGCUUUACGAGCCAUGCUUGCAGUUUGGCGACAACGCUCAUCAAUAGAUUUACUCGGCAAUCAUAUUGACGUGACCACGGGGCGGUGGACGGCUCUCGAUUCUGGCAUAGGCGCUGGUGUCGAUUCAUAUUUCGAAUACCUUGUAAAAGGUGCGGCGCUCUUGCAGCGGCCAGAGCUCAUGCAGAUAUUCGAGAGCGCGCGCGCCGCCAUCGACUUGCACCUGAAGCACGACGACUGGUAUCUGUGGGUGACCAUGACGCGCGGCCACGUCACCAUGCCAGUCUUCCAGUCCCUUGAAGCCUUCUGGCCUGGCGUCCUCACGUUGGCCGGAGACCUUGAAGCAGCACAGAAAACCAUUCACAAUUACCAUCAAGUGUGGCGCCAGUACGGCUUCACUCCAGAGUCCUACAACAUUCCUCAGGGCGAGGCAGGCAGUAAGCGCGAAGGUUACCCCUUGAGACCGGAACUCAUCGAAAGCAUAAUGUAUCUUUUCCGCGCCACUGGAGACCGUUCAUAUCUCGCCAUGGGUGCCGACAUCAUUACAAGCAUUGAACACUCAACCAAAACUCACUGCGGCUAUGCUACGGUGAAAAAUGUUCGUAGUCAUCAAUUAGAGAACCGCAUGGAAAGCUUUUUCUUGGCCGAGACCAUCAAGUAUUUGUAUCUCCUGUUUGCCGAGGACCACUGGAUGCACAACAAUGGAGGCAGUGGCACAGUUUGGAAGCCUGCAGGCAAACAGCGCUGCAUUUUGGAUGCCGGAGGAUAUAUUUUUAAUUCAGAGGCACAUCCCGUGGAUCCGGGCGCUUUGUCGUGUUGUUCACCAAGUCCUGCCGAAGACCCUGAGAAGCCUUGGCUCUCUUUCACGCCCGAAGCUCUGGCUGAUGUUAUUCUUGAUCCCAGCGCCAGCUGGCCACAUACCUUCCCUGAAAAUUCAAAAAAAUAUGAUGGUGGGAAAAUCCCAGUCCCACCGAAUACUGAAGCCCAACGUGGUACGACUGCAGACACUACAGACAAGAGUGACGCCCUAGAGGCUAAAUUAUCAAGUGAAGAGCAAGGGCAGACUUCCGCAGGUAUGCCUGGUCCAUAUGAAGAACAAGUCAGCAUUGAGAAAGUUCAGCAAGAUGCGUUGGUGGCCGUCAACGAAAUGCAUCGUAAAAAUAGGUAUUCAACUCCCGGUAUAAUUCAGAAUGUGGCACAGGAGGCAAAUAUCGCUUCUAACCGCUCAUCGAUUUCUCAAGAUUCAUCAUCUGACACGAACCAGCCAAAUACCGAUACCGUUGAAACUGAUGAACUUCCCAAAACUAAAACACAAAUCAGCAAAGACACUAAAGAGUUGGAACCUGAUAGCAAUCUCACAACUCCCAAUCGUCCGUCAAAAAGAUCAACAAAAACCGACUUGGAUGAUCACGCCACGGCAGUGACGCUCAAUUUGCCCAGAUUUGGGGCAAUCAUAUCAUCCGGCGACAAUGCCUCUGAUGGGGUAAAAUCUACCAUGGAAAAUGCGGGCAUCAGUACAAGCGUGUCAAGCUCAAAGUAUUCGAACCCAUCCGCUAGAGUUGGCUUGGCCGGGGCCAAAAUUGUCAAAGAUUUCCUUCAACCAAUUUUGGAAAAGAAGCCUAAAGCCAUUGAGCUGGCGGGACCUAGCUUGCGUGAGGCGGUAAUCGAGGGGUUGGCAGAGUAUCUCAACUUUACGAGCAGAGCGCCCCACUCAUUACUGUCGUGUCCUCACGUGCCCUACGCAACGAUCCUCUCAUUCAAAGGACAAAUUAUAGAAGUCUGAAUGGUCUACGCUGUAUUUAAUCGUGUGAAAUUUUGAUAUUGUAAAAGAAUGGGUUACAUAGUUUAACUUCACAUUUCAUGUUCAAGGAAGCAUGCUCUUAGUUGAAGUUCAGGAUCUUGUUGUUAUUACCUAAUAGGUUUUCUUCCGUUAAUUUUUAAAUUUACGUAUAUUAUGAAAAACCUGAAAAAUCGCCAUUAGUUUUCCUAGCAUAUUCUUUAGUUUUCGUAGGUACCCAAGCUUGAUUCACGUCCAUUAAUAGUAAUCUACUGUCGUAGGACAGAUUACUCCGUUCACGUGCCUGCGUUAUACCUGGCAUUUCUUGUUGGGUUCCCACGUUGCGGAGACAUUAUUACGUCUGCUCCAUCGUUGAAAACAAUUCUUCAUGCGUUUGCACUGUUGGUGUUGUUCGGGGUUUAACAGCAAGUUCGGCAUGUCAAUUUGUUUUGUACCAAAAAAUUGCAAAGGAUGUUGAAAUGAAGGUGUUACAAACGAAUUAUGCAGUAUGUAGAAGAGAUGGUAGAAGAGGAUUUUUCUGGACGAAAUUCGAGGUAUCGGUUAAAGUCAUUAAAUCAGAGUCUAAAUUAAAUGUGCAAUUGCAAGUUGGGACAAUGAAACCACGAGAUUUUGCCAUUUUUAUUUUUCACUAUUUUCAGAUUUUUUUGUACUUUUCUCAGUGCAUGAACGUAAAGUAUAACUGAGAACGAAACAUUCGUAUAUGUC